AUGUUCAAUCACGGUAAAUUCUCCCCGUACCAUGAACCAUACCCUUACGGCGGUCAAGGUGGUUCAAAUCCGGUUUACUUGGGGGCUAGAUUACCUCCAUUUGCACCUAAUAGGGUGACAAAUGUUAAACGAAAUUCCAGUAUGGCUGGUUUGGACUAUAAUUACAAUAAAAAGCCUAUUGCUUUUCAAAGUAGACCGUUAAGAAGUUUGUCGAUAUAUAAUGAUGGUAGUAGUGAGGAUCUUAGAAGUGUUAGAAGAUCACCAAACGUUUAUUCGGAUUAUAGUUAUGGAGUUAGGUCUAGGAGUGUGGAUUUGAGUCUACCACCGCGUCGUGUAUUUCCGCAAACGUCUAUAGCAUCAAAUCUGGAUGAUUUGGAGGAUAAAGAUGACUCUUCGGUAGUUUUUGACGCUAAUUUAACCUUUAUAUUGGGUUGUAAAUCAAAGAUGAAGCAUAAUUUCAAACCUAUACCGGCGCAUCAAGACAAAGACAUGCAAAGUAAUGCUUUAUCGAGUAAGAUUUCGGACUUUUUAAAACGUACUGAUCAUGUGAUGGACGAAUGGAAGUCCCUAGGUAAAAAGGAGUAUAGUUGUAGUUUGGGGAAAUCCAGAAGUGCUACAAACAUUAUGAUAAAGGGGUUUCAGUAUUACAGUAGAGCUAAUUCGGUUUGUUCGGGGAGUUCUCUAUCUGUAGCAAGAGAUUUUCCUGACGAUGAUGCUACUGAAUUUGACGAGCUAAGCGAAAUGACGGCCGAUUUGGCUGAGGAGCAUUCGACAGCAACUCUGGCAGCUGAAAGGUUAGACGCUGAACAAUCUGAACGCAUUAAAUUGGAGAAAGAGUUAUCUGAAGUUCAGCAUAAAAAUAAAGAGUUGCAGCAAGGGAGCGAACGAUUGGAGAUGGAGUUGCUUUAUGCAAGAUCAGAUUUAAACGGUAUUGUGGAAGAUGAUGAAGAAGCGGAAGGUGAUGAUGUGUACAAACAGAGAUAUGAACGUGUGAUUAGAGAGUUGGAAUUUACCAAAAGACGACUACAACAGCAACAUGAAGACGAUUUGGAGCAACUUGUAGGUCUUAAGAAGCAACUGGAGAAAAAACUAUCAGAUUCCUAUGAAGAGGUUGAAGAACAACGUCAAGUUGUUGGCCAAUGGAAGAGAAAAGUUCAGAAAUUGAAUGGGGAAAUGAACGAUCUAAGAUUACUCUUGGAGGAACAAAGUGGAAGAAACAAUCUAUUGGAGAAAAAACAGAGAAAAUUUGACUCCGAUACCCAACUAAUGCACGACGAACUUAAAAAGGAAAAACAGAAUAAAGAACGACUAGGAAGAGAAAAAGAAGUCUUAAUAGCGGAAAAAUACACCCUGGAAAGCAACUUGUCGGAUACACGCUUGGAACUAGAACUUAAAGAGGAAAAACUAAACUCCCUCCAACGCGAAUUCGACGAAAUCACUUCCGGUGGCAAAACGGAAGAGGAAGUUACCAUCCUCCGGAAACAAAAAAUCGAUUGCGAACGUCGCCUACAAGAUCAAGAGGAAGAAUUGGACGAUUUAGCUGGACAAGUACAACUUUUGGAAGCUACCAAAGUACGACUGGAGAUGAAUCUGGAAAGUCUUAGAAAAGAGGGGAAAAAAGAGGCCCAAAUGCGCGACGAGGAGUUGGAGGAAGUCCGCUGCAACACCCAGAAGAAACUAAAAGCUCUUGAAAUGCAGCUUGAAAACGAGCACGAAGAAAGAACCUUCCUGCUGCGCGAGAAACACGAAUUGGAACGCCGUCUCGCGCAGGCCCUCGAAAACGAACGAUCCGACCGCCAAGGCGAAGAACAAAUGCUCAUCAAACUUAAAAGGGACCUCAAAAAGACAAAGGUUCUCCUCAAAGACGCCCAAGCACAACUUGAACGACAAAAAUCCGAAACACCAGGUAAAAAUAUGAUUCGUCAACUCAGAAACCAACUUGAGGAUCUGGAAUACUCCAAAACUAUAGCUCUAAAAGCCAAGCAAACUCUUGAAGGUGAAGUUUCCGAUCUCCAAAGUCAAUUGGAGGAGUUCCACCGGCUAAAACAGGACGCUGAAGAUAAGGCGAACGCUCUGAACCGCGAAAAAUCCGAUCUUCAAUCGCAAUUGGAAGAAAACGAGGAAGAACUGGCUGAAGUGAUGAAGAAGUAUAAAAGUGCGGUGCAGCAGAACUCCCUCGACCAGAUGGCACUGCAGGAGCAGGUCUCCCUUGUUGGAGAGUUGGAGGUGGAGAGGAAUCAGCUCAAGGAGCAGUUGUCCGAAUUGGCUACAAAGUUGGAGAGUGUUGAAAGUAUGGGGGAUGCAUCCUCUAACAUGUUGUUAAGAAGAUCGGAAAUGAAAGUAAAAGAACUGGAAUCCAAAUUGGAACUGGAACAAACCACGCGUUCUCGCCUCGAGGUGCAAAUCGCGCGUCUAAAAGAAGCAGUGGAAAAAUUGCAAUCUGAAAUGACGACCCUUCGUCUGAAAGAACAAACCUCUCAAGAACAAAGCAGAAAGUUGCAAAGAAAUGUUAGAGAACUAAAAGAGGAACUCAACAAGUGUCUGGCCAAGGAAGCUGAGGCUUUGCAGAAGAAAAAGGAGGUUGAGAAGAAGCUGGAAACAGCUGAAAUUGAAACCGCAGCUGCUAGACAGGACUUGAAGCUGGCCAUGAAGAGAAUAGAGGAUUUGCAGAGCGCCAUACAGGGCGAUAUGGAUGACAGUAUCAGCGGUGAAUCAGAUAGCGAGCAAGACACAUACAGUUCCGACGAAUCGGUGAACACCUUCUUGGCUAAUCACAAGGCCGGAAACAAAGGCGACAAGUUGUCCAAUGACGUCAGAAGACUGUCGAACGCAAGUCGUUCGAGCACUUCGAGCAACCUAGGCAACCCGGGGUACACAUGA